AUGUCGAGAAGAGUAAGUGUAUUUCGCGUUAAAUUUCUAUUGAAGGCGGUUGAAAUAAAUAUUACUAGAUAUACGAAUAUAAUUUUUAUAUUAUCGUCGGACAAAUACGACUUUUUUUUUUUUUUUAUGUACACAUAUAAUUUUUCAUACCGUAUUUCGUUACGAGGUUUUUUUUCUAGAACAAAUCUAAGAUAGCUAUGGCGGGGAAAUGGUACUCGUUCACGGACGAGUUGUCGUUGGACGAAGAAAAUUUUUUCACAUUGGUCGAAAAUUGUGACGUGUCAGGCGUUGAAAAAUACAUGGCGACCUACCUGGUAAACUUAAACAUGAAAAAUUACCAGGCUAUCACGCCGUUGCAUUUGGCCAUUCAGAACGACUGCGAACCACUGGUCGAUCUGUUCCUCCGUCAAAAAGGCGAGUAAAAACACGUUUCCCCGUUUCUAUAGUUUCGUUAAUAGUCAAAAAGGUCAAACAUCCGACGCGACGUACGGAUAUACAGAGUACCUAUUGUCCGGCGCAUACCUACAAAACCAAAUUUAUUUUUUUUUUUUUGAGAGGGGGGGAGUUAAGGUUUUUAAUGUUAAACCAAUUAUGUUUCGUCGCGUAAACACACUUCAUAAACAUUUUCAUGAUAGUUCAGGUUAAGGGUUUAUCUCUAACAACCCUCCUCUCCCUUGUAUACGCGAAUAGGUUUACCAGUAAAACACCACCCGUAAAACUGAAAUAGGCAAAACGAAAUAUUUCACGAGUAUAGACCAAUAUAAAGGCGGUGGUUCCUCACCGACCUCGUGCAUUUUGACAUUUUCGGUCUUCGCAUUAUAUCUCGUUUGGAUUGUAUAAAUGUUCUACUCUAUGGAGGGGGGGGAAUAGAAAACAUCCACGGAAACUUCACUUGCCGCAAGAGGCGACACAUGCGAUUGUGCCGAUAGCCGGUAGAAAAAUAGAAUAGCGAAUAGAGUGUAGCAGAGAGUAAUGGAGUGUAUGCUUAGGCGGAUGAGUGGAACAACGACGAGAGACGAUUGGAUAUGUCGUUAGAGUGCACAAGAGACAGCUUCGAUAGUAGAGAAAAUGAGCGAAAAUAAACUGAAAUGGCCUGGGCGAUCUAUAACACUGUCUGUAAUACGUGUAUAGUGUUUUCGUUUUAUCAAAAAAUGUUCGCGGCAUUUAAAUCCAGACCCUAUACGUGUGCUGCGUUAGUAAUUUGUGUUUCUCAUGCGCGCGUUUUUGUUGAGUAUAUUCGUGCGGUUGCACGGCGGGGGAGUUGAGCGAAUCCGCGAAUGAAAGCUCGACGCAUUGAUUAGAAAUCGGGUUUUUUUUUUUUUUUUCCGGGAUCGGGUCUUACGAUUUAUUCAAAAAUCUCUAUUAUCCGGUACGCGUCGGCCCGCUGGAAAUCGUCGGGCGCGCCGCUGUUUGUCUAAUGUUCCGUCGAUAAUUUGUACGCGACCCACGCAGGCGUCCGGAUCGGCGACUCGGUGCUGUACGCGAUUGCACACGACAACCUAAACCUGUUGAACCGAUUGCUGGGGUACGUGGACGUGCACGGUGGCAAGGGCGCGCUAAACGCCGACGCGGCGAAUGACAACGAAGACGACUCGGACGAGUUCAGGCCGUUCAUGACUGCCCUCAUGUUGGCCGCGCAGUGCGGCCAGUACGAGAUUGUCGAGUACCUGUUGAGCCACGGCCACAGGAUCGACAGGCCGCACCCGACGCGAUGCGCGUGCGAGGACCGGUGCUCGGACGCGGCCCGGCUGCGGCGCGGCCUCGACGCGGUGGCCGACGGCUGUAAGCGGUUGAACACGUACCAGGCCAUCAGCAACCCGACAUACGUGUGCUGCACGUCCGCCGACGACCCGAUACUCGUCUGCUUCGAGUUGCACGACGAGCUGCUGGAGUGCGGCGCCGCCGAACAGGUGUACGCGUCCGUGUACGCGGGAAUGGCUCAACAGGUAAUUGGGUUUACGUACGCGGUAAAUCGAAACGCGUGUAAGCGAAAUUUGUUAAACCGAAAACCGAAGCGAUAGAAACAAUGUUAAGUUAUAUUGUUUUACACUUUCCGCUCUUCCGAAUACAUUUCUCGUCGGCCCGACUCGACGGAUUUUUAACGAAACGGAAGCUUGUUUUUUCUUAUUGAAUUUCGCAGGUGCCGCUCGUUUCUGACAUAUUUUAAAAAAACUAAUUAUGAAAAAGUUCUCCGACUUAUUGAGUGUCUAAAAAUUUUGUUUGUAACCGCUUUAAUUAAAAAAAAAAACCAACACGCUUUUUUUGAUCCAAACGGUUUUCUUGUUAUGUUACUGUUUUUUUUUUUUUUUAUUUAUUUAUUUAUUUGAAAAACAUCCCGGUGACAGUUCACAAUAUUGAUGGUUUGAACCGAUAAAAAAAAAUGUUCAAUUUAUACGAUUUCGUGUUUCUUCUUACUUUAGGUAAGACAAUUCGCGGUGGAGUUGUUGGUAAACUGCCGGACGUCGGACGAGGUUAAGGUAUUGUUGCGUAACUGGGACGGAUGCAAACUGAAAGGACGGUUUCCGUACCCGAGACUCAUCACGGCCAUGGACCACGGCCAAAAGGAGUUCGUGGCACAGUCCAAAGUCCAACAGGUGUUGGAGACCGAGUGGAUCGGCGAUUGGAUCGAGUGGAAGUCAUACUCAACGACCUGGAGGCUUUUACACGUGCUCCUGCGGUUUUUAAUGUCACCGGCGAUCGUGUUGAUGGGCUUAUUGGCACCCGACUCUAGUCUGAACCGGAGAAAUCGUCUGCCGAUCAACCGGAUGUUCAACAGCCUGGUUGCGUACUCGGUGUUCUUGGUGCUGCUCUUUUACCAUUCGCACAUGGAUAAAUUACAAAUGCGUAGGGGUUUUCCAGAAUCGCCGACCAGGUUGCCGAUAGCCGUGUUCGUGUUGGGUCACGUGGUCGAAAAGAUUAAGCUUCAGAGGUUGCACGGUUUCAAACGAUACUACAAGAACAUGUGGAACUGGUUCGACACGGUCAAGCUGGCGCUGUUCUCGUUGGCGUUUCUGUUCUGGACGGCCGCGGAGUUACAGACCAAAGAGGUGGACACGGAACUGGACCGCAAGUACUGGCACUGGGCCGACCCGCAGCUGAUAGCCGAAGGUCUGUUCACGAUCGCUACCAUAAUGGCGUACUUGCGACUGCUGUUCCUGUGCCAGCUCAACUACUAUAUCGGGCCGAUGCAGGUUUCGCUGGGCAAAGUGCUGACCGAUUUCGUAAAGUUCGCGUCGUUUCUGAUUAUCAUAAUGGUCGCGUUCACUUUCGGACUGGGCACGUUGUACGCGUAUUACGCGGGCAUGAAGAAAAUGGACCCGGAGUCCGGUGCGUUGACCGUGCAAGAAAACUCGUUCGUCUCGAUACCGGACACGUUCAACACCCUGUUCUGGGGUAUAUUCUGCAUGGCGUCGUUGGAUUCGCCGAACGUGAUCGUCGGGAACGUCGGCGGCGACGGCGCUUUGCUGGAGACGCAACAGCAUUACUUCACCCAGCUCGUGGGUUACGGGCUGUUCGGCGUGUUCGAAGUGCUAAUGGUGGUUGUCAUGCUCAAUAUUUUCAUCGCCGCCAUGUCCAUCACGUUCCAACGGGUGUCCGACAACGCCGAGUACGAAUGGCUGCUCGGUCGGACCAAGGUGUACGUGAACUAUAUGCUGCUGGACAACCUGCCGCCGCCGUUUAACCUGUUGCCCACCACCGCGACGGUGUCCCGGACGUUUAAAUCGAUGUCGGUCAGGUUUAACGGCGGCUACGCCGAAAUGGACGACGCGGACGACGCAGCCGUGAACGGCUCGGCCGAGUACCGGGGCCUGAUGGUCGAACUCAUCAAACGGUAUUUCACGCACCGAAACCAGCCGUAA